CGACAUUUGGGAGCCGAUUAUGGAAAGGCUAUUUGGGGGACAAGCCAGGGAAACAAUACCUCUCUGGGUUGGCACAGGAGGUGCAAAAGGGCAGAACGCCCCUGCUUGGUGCCUGGUGCCAUCUUGGACUGUCCAAGGCUUUUUGGGGGCUGUGGAGGAGAGGGCAGGAGAGUAUCAGAAAACUGCCUAUGUAAUUCCGGAGAAACUGAGCAAGAUAGAGAUUAGAGAGUAUUUAAUAAUUCAUUUUAAAAAAUUUUAUUUAUUUUUUAAUAAUUUAUUAAAUGGAGAGAUAUAAUGGGAUCAAAUUGGAUACAUAGUUUGGUCUCAGGGCUGAAUCAGACUAUGGUUUCCAAAAAUCCAGCAGAGUUCUCAAUGACAUAUAUACAUGUGGCUCAGACACAGAGGGUAGACUGAGGCAGGGGUGGCGGCAGGGUGCUGAGAGCAGGAAAGCGAUUGACAGGGUGGGGUGAGCCACUGGAGAUGGGAAUGACAUAAUCAGGGGGAGGCACUCUGGACAUGGGGAGAGGCAUCUUGAUAAGACAGUAUCUGACAUUCCUGAUUGUUUGGGAUGGGGAGAAGCAUUCUGAUGUUCUAGCAGUAUUCUGAUAAAGAGGGAGAGGAGGUUUUGAAGAACUGAGAAGCAGGGAAACCGAGGCAUGACUGAGUCAGGAUAAUUAGGAAACUGAGUCAGGACAAUAAAAGAGAACUGUGGCAUAACAUCUAGAGUCCUGUGUAAGCAAUUAGAAAUUGGCCCAUUAGUAAACCGCCAUGCAGAGGUGUGUGUGUGUGUGUGUGUGUGUGUGUGUGUGUCAUGGGCCAAACUUUCUGCCUCAAAUUCUGACUUCCAAUUCCUGUUUCCAUUGGCCUUUCCAACUGGAUGUCCAGUUGGCAUCUUAAACCCGGCGCAUCCAAUACCGAGCUCAUGAUCUUUGCCCAUAAACCGCCCCCCCCCCGUUUCCCUGUCACUGUUGAGGGUACCCCCAUCCCCCCAACAUUUAACAUGUUGCCUAGCAUCUCUCUCAAACACGUCCCUUCUCUGAUCUGAUGGGGCGCUCUUCCGGUGCAGAACGGCCUCGCCUCCUGCCGGGAUUAUUGCAGUAGCUGGAGGUGGGGAGGGGCCUGCACUCUCCACCGCUGUCCAUCUUCCAUUCAUCCACAAACUGGUUUUAAGACCCAUCCAGGUUCUGCCCCUCUUGCUCCCUCCCCCCAGCUCCAGUAGUUGUCGCCUCCAGGGUCCUUCCUAACGUCCCUUUCCGGAUCUUCCCAGUGUCCUUACCGCCUCGUCCCCCUUCAGUGCUUUUACGCUCCCCACAGACCCCUCAGUCCCAACGAAAAUCUCACCCCCGCAACCUCAGCGCCACUAAGUUCUGGGGCUCCCCACUUAUGCCCUGCGUAUCCUGUAUCCCGAGGGUUUGCGCGCUGUCAGCUCCUCGAGGGCGGGGCCUACGCUCGGGAGUGCUUAAACCAACGCAGAGUAGGGGGCGUUUCUCCCAGUCAGGCUCAGUUUGGGCACCAGGGAGAAUCGGGGAGUACUCCGGGCUGAGCGCCCAAACAGAGGGAAGCCCGUGACCGGCCAGGCGCGCGGGUCUGUCCCCCGGAGCCGGCCUGCGCGAGAAGCUUCAGACUCAGGUGGGCCGGCCCGGCCCGGGACCGUUCCGUCCGACACAAAAGGAGGCCGCGGCGGGAGGAGGGAAUCGGCCUACCCCACGUGACCGCUCCUGUCCACUCCAGUCGUCCCCUCGCCCAUUGUCCCUGGCCGGGGCGUGUUCACCCCGCCCCGCCCCCUUGGGCUUCCCGCCUUGGCUCUAGAGAGGUUUUGCAUUCCCUAGUUCGGGGCUUCUUUCCUUCUUUCAGUUGUUCCUUCCCUUCCCCCUUUCCAGAUGCCCAUUCACCCGCUGGCUCCCAGACCAGGGUAGGCUGGCCGCCCCGCCUUCUUCGGUCCUCCAGGAAGAGAGAAAGGCCUUUCUCUAUUAUGCUUUCUGCUACAGAGCCCUCCUAGCCCCAGAGACCGCCCUCAUCUCUAUAGUCAGGGCGGGACUCCCUGAGGGAUUUCCGAGUCCUCUGUGCUUCCGGUCAUCCAAGCUGGAGGGAAAGUCCUAGUCUCUCUGAUCUUAUCUCCAUGGUGGUAGUGUGUAUGGUAGGGGUUGGGAGGUGGGGUUUGUGUGUCCUUGACGUCAUUUCCCGCUGGUUGCCUCCUCAGACCCACCUCUCAAAAUUGAGGCCGGAAGUGGGUGCCGGAUACGAAGAGAGCAAAGCUACAGAAAAGAGGUAGCAGGAUCAGGGCGGCGGCUGCCCGACCAGAGGGGGCGCUGUGGGGCCAGGGGAACCUAAAGGGGGGAGAGCCAUGGCAGCCUCGGCGGCGGCCACGGCCACAGCGUCGGCCUCGGCCUCGGCGGCGGCGGCAGAGGCAGUACACUACAUCCACCUGCAGAACUUCUCGCGCUCCCUGUUGGAGACCCUGAACGGGCAGCGGCUAGGUGGGCACUUCUGCGACGUGACUGUGCGCAUCCGGGAGGCCUCGCUGCGGGCGCACCGCUGCGUGCUGGCGGCCGGCUCUCCCUUCUUCCAGGACAAGCUGCUGCUGGGCCACUCGGAGAUCCUGGUGCCGCCCGUGGUGCCGGCGCAGACCGUGCGCCAGCUGGUCGAGUUCCUGUACAGCGGCUCCCUCGUGGUGGCGCAGAGCGAGGCGCUGCAGGUGCUCACGGCGGCCUCCAUCCUGCAGAUCAAGACCGUCAUCGACGAGUGCACCCAGAUCAUUUCGCAGGCACGCGGAGCCGGCUCGCGGGGGCCGGAGGAUGGGGCCCCGGGGCCUGCUGCUGCCGCCUCAGCCGAGCUCUGCGCGCCCGGGCCGGGGUCGGGGGGGCCGGGGCCCGGGGGGGCUGAGGUCCGCUACAAGCUCCGAGACCUGCUCUCCGCGCAGCAGCAGCGGGCGGUGGCGGCCACGGCCACGGCCACGGACGCCGGGCCCCACGGCUGUCACAGCCGCAAGCAGAGGCAGCCCGUUCGCCUGCAGCUGCUGGAGCCUCUGGCCGUGGUGAUCAAGGACGAAGAGGGAGAAACCUCGCCCACGCGCGUGGCCUCUGCGGGGUUGGGAGGUCCGGAAGGGGUCCGAGAAGGCUCGGGCCCGGGAGAUGGGGCGGAGGAGGAAGAGGAUGACGACGAGGACGAGGACGAGGAUGGGGCCGAGGAAGAGGAGGCCGGCGGGGGGGGCUGCUUUAGCCAGUGUGGGGGAGGCUUCUUCAGCGAGGGUCUCAAAGAGCCCCGGAAAGACCCCCCAGCCGCGGUGCCAGAUUUGCCCCCCUCGGAAACCCCUGGGGGGAGAGACUAUUUUGGCGCGGCCUCGGAAGAGGUGUUCCCAGAGAGCUUUAUCCCCGUGUGGCCCAACGAGGAGGUGGCUGAGGGGGGACCCCGGGAUGCGGCUCCUGCGGCUCUAGAGAGCCCAUCCCAGGCUCCUGCCCGGCCCGACUGCAGCCUGGGGCCUCCUCCUAAUUCAGGCUUCGGACCUCGACCUCCUGAGCCCCGAACCCUGGGCUUUCCCGGGCCCACAGCCUCUGCCGUGAAGGGGGCGGGGGCUCCUGGUCUCUUUCCCUUUCACCUGCCAGCUCCACCCCCGGGACCUCCCCAGCCUCCGCCCUUCUUCAGUCCCCUCCAGGCAGAAGGCUCUGCAGGGGGAGGCGGGGGAGUCUCCGCCGCCUCCGCUUCGGCAGCUGCUGGACUGGGGGGAUUGGGCCCCAUUCAGAUCCAGCAUAAUGAAGGUCCUGGUCCACCCGCGCCCCCCGGCACGGGGCCCCGGCCCCCAGAGCUGCCUUCCUACGAGUGCAGUCACUGUCAGAAAACUUUCAGCUCACGCAAGAACUACACGAAGCACAUGUUUAUUCACUCAGGGGAGAAGCCCCACCAGUGCUCGGUGUGCUGGCGCUCCUUCUCGCUCCGAGAUUACCUCCUCAAGCACAUGGUCACCCACACGGGGGUCCGGGCCUUCCAGUGUUCCGUCUGCUGCAAGCGCUUCACUCAGAAGAGUUCGCUCAACGUGCACAUGCGCACGCACCGGCCCGAGCGCGUCCCCUGCCCUCUAUGUGCCAAGGUCUUCUCCCACCGUACGCUCCUGGAACGGCACCUCAGUUCCCACCCUGCCCCCUGACCCCUGCCCAGCCCCCAGCUCUCCUCCAGCCACCCUGUUCCCAAGCUGGCCCCAAGGGACUCUUGUGCUCUCCCUUCCCCUCAAGCCCUGGAACCUUGGACUCUUCUAGUGGAAGGGGUGAAGUGGCCGGCUGGCCUCUGGCGAUCUAAAGCUCCGGGGAGGCUCUAGCCUGCCUUCGACCUCAGCUCCCUCCAUCACUCUUCUUGCUGAGCCUUGGACUCGCUGCCAGGGGAAGUGUGGGGGUGGGGCGGCCUAUUGGUUGGGGGGAGCCACCCAGACUGGCCUUGUCUGUGCCGCUGUAUGAGCCCUUUUUUUUUUUUUUUUUUUGGCGUUUGGAGCCUUCCCUGUGAUUCCGGAUUUUUAUUUUUAUUUUUUUUGGUGAAAGAAAACAAAGUGGUGCAUUCAUAAAGUUAUAUUGAAAAGUCCCGGCUGGAUAGCAAUGCAUCUCUAGCCCCUUCCUCACCUGUGGACUUCCAAAGUCAAAGGACCCAAGUGGUGGCUGCGGGGUGUUCCUGUGGGGGUAGGCAAUGCUGCCUUCUCUCCCCUCCUCUCCCCCCACUCCCGCGAGACCUUCGGGCCACAAGAGGGUGGCGCUGGAGGGUGGGGGUGAUGGGACUAUAGGGAGACAAGGGUGGGGGAGGGGCUUCGGUGGGCUUGGAAGGCCUGGCUCGAGGAUUUGGAUUUUUCCUUGGUGAAUGAUGGGCAGUGGUGGAGAGGGUUUUGGUCUUUUUCGAUCUGGGGAUUUACCCUUAUCCAACUUGGAGGAAGUAUCCGAAAGGAUCUUCCCAGGUUGGGCUGAAUGGAAUAGGAUGACGUUCUGGAGGGGUCAAGGAUUUGCAAGGAGGAAGAGCAGCAUCGCCCCAACCCUAAGGAAGGGCCCUGCUGAAGCUCUGCUCUGGGCAGGGAGCCACGCAGCCAUGGCCCUUUCUCCCAUCCACCCCUCUCUCAUCCCUCCCUGCUUUUGGUUCUCCUUCCGCUAGAAUGUGAGCUCGAGGGCAGAAAUUGUCUUUUUGCUUGUAUUUGUAAACCCAGUGCGUAGUAGUGCCUGGAACCUAGGAGGCAAUUUAAUAAAUGCUUGUUGACUGAC